GGACAGAAAUACAACACUGCUCCAUUUGCCUUUACAGAACAGGGUGGAAAAGAACCAGGAGUGAUGUGUCGUCAUUAGCAUGACGUAUUGAAUACAGAACGAUAAAAGAGAAGGCCAACUGCAAUAACACGAUGUAUCUCAAAAUGCAUACAAUGUCCUCUGUCAGCCAUUAACCAAUCUCCAGUUAAAUGUUUAAAAUAAUAAAAUUACAAGUCAUCUCUUGCCAUGCUAACUGUGGAAGAAAAUACAGUGUACCGGUCAAGGAUGAAACUUAAUAUUAAGACCAGCUCAUUGGGCCAUAUAAUACUUCCUGUUAGGACUAAUGUAGGUUAUUUUUGCUUCAGCAUCUCAUAGAUCCAUUAAACACAAGUGAAUCAACCUAUAGCAAGACAAGGAGGAGACCGUGAUGCUUCCCCAUGACUCUAGCAGAUGUGUAUUUCGAUGAAGAGCAUCCUUUUAGGUCUGUACGCUGUGUUUUUGCAGGUUUGGUGAAUGGAGCAGAAUGUCAACACUCUCUUCGAAUGACCGCAGACACUACGAUUGUACAACCGCACACACGUUUUUUAUUUAGAUGCGUGCGUAAGGACACCGAUCUAAAAGGACGGUUACAUGAAAGCUCUCCUCCAGAGGCUCUGCCAUCCUUUCGUGAUGCGGGACUGGGGGUGGGGUCUCAGCUUUCUCACGACCUGAUACCGGCUGCAUCGUCAAAGGACAGGGAGGAUUUCUCCUUUUUUCCGACCUUAGUGGGAAGUACUCGAUGCCGACACUGCAUUUUAAUUGGUAGAUGCCCGUUAAGUGACGAAGAAACCGGAUGAGAUUGCCGGCACUAUAUCCAAUUACAGGUCGAGGUGUGGCUCAGUGGGCGUGAUAACAAUGCAAGGGGCGGUGCCAGAAGCGGAAGUGAGUCUUCGCUGAUCUCUCGCUGUUAUUCGGCCACGGUCGGUUCCAGGAGAAGAGGGACAGCCUGAAAAAUCGUACAGGAAUCGGCUGGCUCUGCUGCAGGAACGGGCUCUCAGCGCAGAAGAUAUAUAUUGAAAUCAAACGAACAAUGAACCACAUCGAAUAAGGCUUGUUUAAAGUCCCGCAGCUGAUUAUAUUUGAUAGAUUGCCACGUUAACAAAGCUUCUUGGUGAUCGGAUCCAGAUCAGAGGCAGAGAGAGUGUAGUGUCAUUGAGCAGGCAGGACACGUCAGGAGAAGGGAGGAAAAAAGCUGACCGACUGCACUGUACGAGUCAGCUAUCACCAGAUCGCCUCUGAAAAACCUGUCCCGGCCGCACUCGUCUCUUUUAGGACACCACCUCGCUGUCAGCCCCGGGAAGGAUCUCGACAAAGACGUCGCCGAGGUCGAAGGUGGUGAUCAGAAGGACCAAACGAUCAGGGGAUAGCAUUUGUGUGUGGGGGGAGAAAACAAAUGGGGGAUUACGGGUUCGGAGUCCUAGUUCAAAACAACACUGGCAACAAGUCUGCAUUCCCGGUCCGAAUCCACCCGCAUCUGCAGCCCCCACACCAUCACCAAAAUGUGUCGCAGAGCCCAGCUGCUUUCAUAAACAGCACCACAGCCGCAGGGAAUGGCACCACGGGAGGCUCUCCCUGGCUCUUCCCUGCCUCUGCCACCCACAACAGUGUGCAAGACGAAAUCCUGGGGGGGGGCGAAAAGCCCAAAGCACAGCAGCAACAGGAAAUGCAGGAAACGCAAGAAAAGCAGCAGCAGCUGUCCCCUGGGAGUCACCAAGAUAGUGGGAGUGGCGGCGGAAUCAUUUCAGAACUGGAAAAAGCACGUUCAGAAGAAGCCAAGACGGACAACGGCACGUCUGAAGUAAGCAAUGGUAAGGAGAAGCAGCUACGUCUCGAGUCUCCGGUCCUACCAGGCUUUGAUUACCAGGAGACAUCUGGUCUCGGAACAGGCCCAGUGCAGUCCAGUACAACUUCGUCAUCAUUGACUGGCUUCAACAACUGGUCAGCUGCCAUACCACCGGCGCCAUCAACUAUCAUUAACGAGGAUGUGAGCUUCUUCAACCCAGCCUCUGCCAACAAUGGGCCCCUGCUGUUCCAAAACUUCUCGCACCAUGUAAGUCCAGGGUUUGGUGGGAACUUCUCCCCCCAAAUAGGACCAGCGGCAGCCUUGUCCCAGCACCACCCUGCCCCUCCACCUCACCCCCACUUCCAACACCCCCACAAUCAACACCAGCAACAUCGGCGAUCCCCCGCCUCGCCACAUCCUCCACCGCCCUUUCCGCACAGGAAUCCAGCGUUCAACCAGUUGCCACAUUUGUCCAACAGUCUGAAUAAGCCACCGUCCCCUUGGGGUCCAGCUAGCUAUCAAAGUCCCUCUCCAUCCCCUGGCUCCUCUACCUCCUGGAGUCCUGGCGGAGGCUAUGGUAGUGGUGGUGGUGGCUGGGGAGGCACUCAGGGCAGAGAUUAUCGCCGAGGUUUGAAUGGUGGGAUGACCCCCAUCAACUCCAUCUCUCCACUGAAGAAGACCUUCCCCAACAACCAUGUGGCAUCCCAGAAGUACCCACGAAAUAGUCCUGCAGGCUUCAACCCCAAAUCCUGGGUGGAUGACGGAGUCGGCCGAAGUGAUAACAUCUUUCCUUUUCAGGAACGCACCAGAUCUUUUGACAGCUUCAACAUGAACACUCUGGAGAGCUCCCUGAUUGACAUCAUGAGGGCCGAGCAGGACACUCUGAAAGGUCGUCUUGGGUUCCCUCACCCUGGAGGGGACAACCCUCUGCCCCUCAAUGCCAGGAAUUAUAGCAGGAGACGAGGCCACUCCUCUCUGUUCCCCAUGGAGGAUGGAUUCCCCGAUGACGAGCGUGGCGAUCAGGGCCUCGCAGGUCUGGGGUCUCCUCACUGCUUUCCACACCAGAACGGAGAGCGCGUUGAACGCUACUCACGCAAGGUCUUUGUGGGAGGACUGCCCCCAGAUAUUGACGAAGACGAGAUCACAGCCAGUUUCAGGCGUUUUGGACAUCUGUUCGUGGACUGGCCUCAUAAAGCCGAAAGUAAAUCCUACUUCCCACCAAAAGGCUACGCCUUCCUGCUGUUCCAGGAUGAGAGCUCCGUGCAGGCUUUGAUCGACGCGUGUAUCGAGGAGGACGGAAAGCUGUAUUUGUGUGUGUCCAGCCCCACCAUCAAAGACAAGCCGGUUCAGAUUCGCCCGUGGAACCUGAAUGACAGUGAUUUUGUGAUGGACGGAUCUCAGCCUCUCGACCCGAGGAAAACCAUCUUUGUGGGAGGUGUUCCACGUCCUGUGCGUGCAGUGGAGCUGGCCAUGAUCAUGGACCGCCUGUACGGCGGAGUGUGUUACGCUGGCAUCGACACAGACCCAGAACUGAAGUACCCUAAGGGAGCGGGGCGGGUCGCCUUCUCUAAUCAGCAGAGCUACAUUGCUGCUAUCAGCGCUCGCUUUGUGCAGCUGCAGCAUGGAGAAAUUGAUAAACGGGUGGAAGUGAAGCCAUACGUGCUGGACGACCAGCUGUGCGACGAGUGCCAGGGAACUCGAUGCGGCGGCAAGUUUGCACCGUUCUUCUGCGCCAACGUCACCUGUCUGCAGUACUACUGCGAGUACUGCUGGGCCGCCAUCCACUCGCGGGCCGGCAGGGAGUUCCACAAACCCCUGGUGAAGGAAGGAGGCGACCGACCCCGUCACAUCUCCUUCCGCUGGAACUGAGCAGACGAAGGGAGAGAGAGAGAGAGAGAAAGAGAGAGAGAG